AACUGUAGACUACUGGACGGGGUCAUGCUAGGUGACAGUGGCUGCAUGAUAGGAGAGUGAUUGUUGACACCAUUUCAGCAUCCUGCACCCUUGCAGGAAAGGAAAUACAACACAGCACAUAGCUGUACAUGCAACUGGCAUAGCUAAAAAAAGAGAUGGGAUUAUCUCUUGGGUCUGAAGAUGGAACCAGAUCAGGUCUCUGCAUCCUGCAAGUUCCCAUCUCUGCCUUGCUCAGACCAAGCGGCUACUGAAAGGUAAUCAAAGUAUUUUGUCUGGAGCCGCGGAGGCCGCGGUGGGGGAUCCAGAAGGCAUAGCAAGACGAACAGACAUCGUCACUUUGGGCUGUGGAGGCAUGAUGGGUAAAAGACUUGAUAAAGCAGACUGCCAGUCUCGCGGGUGUUUCCACCUUUCGCGGGCUGCAUUGUGGCGGCGAGAACACAAGUCCGACUGCCGCCCGCCACGUGGGUGGCCGUAUUUUCGCGGUGCACGUGAAAUAUUUACCACCUUCACUAAACUCUUGGUUAUGCGGUCUCGAGAUCUCGCGAGUGCGAUACCUCGGUGUGAUCGUCUGCUUAACUCGAUGGGCAGACGCGCCGCGGAGGCAUCGCCUGUAACUCUGUAACUGAUGUCUUUUAUAAAUCGACGGUUGGGUUAGAUAAGCAUUUGGACACCUCCUCGUCUCCAACGACGGAGAGUGCUAAGCCAUCUCGACACCACGAACGCACUCUUUGGUCAAGAGAAUGUGGAAGCAGGCUGAGGACAUCAAGCUAAUUACUCAAUGGGGCCUGACUAUGACCACUGUACCCAGGAGAGACUCGUGCUCCAAGUCCGACCCCGAUCUGCUGACCAGGACAAGUUGGGUGAAUGCGGCGCUAGCCUACAGACAAGUCAAGCGGGGUCGGGCUGAUGGGAACACAUGUGCUUUGUGGUUGAGGCUUCAUUUACAGAGACAUCUGUACAGUCUGGGGUGCUUCUUGCAGUUACAUUGUGGAAAAGUACUGUUUCUGGGAUUAUUACUGUUGUCGCUGUGCUGUGUUGGAUUAAAAACCGCGCAUCUGGAGACCAACGUGGAUGAAUUAUGGGUGGAAGAGGGCGGGCGCUUGGAAAAAGAAUUGGAAUACACGCGCAAAACAUUAGGAGAAGGCAGCGGUACAACAUAUGAACUCAUCCUCCAAACACCAAAGAAUACCAAAAACCUGUUGAACCUUGACUCUUUGUUGUUGCAUUAUCAUACUGUAUUAGAAGCUACGAAAAUUGAAGUGGAGAUGGAUGGAAUAGCGUGGAAGUUUCAGGACAUUUGUUAUGCUGCCAACUUCCCAGUUGUUGAAGAUGACUUUUUGGAUCGUAUGUUGGCGGAUCUAAUGCCUUGUGUUAUCAUCACCCCUUUGGACUGUUUCUGGGAGGGCAGUCUGCUGCUGGGCCCUGACUACCCCGUCAGCACUGGGGGCUUCAGCGGAAUUCCCGAGCACCUCACCUGGGCCAACCUCAACCCCCGGGGCAUCGUCAAGUCGUUGCUAAGCGACGAAUCGAAAGAGACCGUAGUCAACCUCGGUCUUCUGCUGAGCGACAUCAUGAACAUGUCUGGAGUGGGCACAGCCUACCAAGAGAAGCCGUGUCUCAACCCACAGGAUGAAGACUGUCCGGACACAGCCCCCAACAAGAACUCGAGUCAGCCUCUGGAUCUGGGUGAAGUGCUGACGGGUGGUUGCCAUGGUUUCUCCAGCAAGUUCAUGCACUGGAAGGAAGAGCUGAUCUAUGGAGGUGUCAUGAAGAACAGGGCUGGCUACAUCAGCAGGGUGGAGGCGUACCAGACGGUGCUGCAGCUGAUGGGGGAGAAGGAGCUGUACGAUUAUUACGUGGACCAGAAGCGCGUGUCCGGCACCACGUGGACCCUGGACGCCGCGCGCACCGUGCUGCACACGUGGCAGCGCAAGUUCUCAGCGGUGAUCAACGGCCUUGACAACAGCACGUCACGUGACCGCGUGUACGCCUUCUCCUACACCUCGCUGAUGGACAUCAUGCGGGACUUCUCCAGCAUCUCUGUCACCAGAAUCGUCAUCGGAUUCGUCCUCAUGUUCAUCUACGCCUGUGUGUCGCUGAUGCGCUGGAGCGACGCCGUCAACUCUCAGAGCGGCAUCGGCAUGGCGGGGGUGGCGCUGGUGUCGCUGGCCGUGGCGGCGGGGCUGGGCAUGUGUUCCGUCCUGGGAAUCACCUUCAACGCCUCCACUACACAGAUCAUUCCAUUUCUGGCACUGGGACUUGGUGUGGAUGACAUGUUCUUGCUGGCCCACACGUAUGCGGAAUGCAGCAAGAAUGUUCCCUACCAGGAGCUGACGGGGGAGGUGUUGAAGCGAACAGGUGUGACGGUGCUGCUGACCUCGGUGACCAACAUGCUGGCCUUCUUCAGCGCCGCCAUCAUUCCCAUACCGGCCUUGCGCGCCUUUUCCCUGCAGGCGGGGAUUCUGGUUCUGUUUAACAUCGGCGCCGUGCUGGUGGUGUUUCCGGCCAUCGUCAGCCUUGACCUGGCCAGGCGCGAGGACAAUCGUAUCGACGUUCUGUGCUGCUUCCAGAGUGCUGAACCCGCCAACCAGGUUCUGGAGCUGCACCCGACUUCAAGGGAGGCCAUCAUAGAGUCGCAGCACGAACACUCGCCUCCCCCUUCCUACAGCCCUCCACCCGCCUACACCUCCGUCCCCCUGCACCACGCGGUCACACACACGGCACCUGACGGCAGUGGUGCUGUCACCAGCCUGGCACCAGGUGAGGCGGUCUUCGUGCGCCGCAAUCGUGACGUCAGCUCAGGCUGCCCGUCCACCACGUCCUCCCAGCAGUGCCUGACAUCUGAAGACACGGUCACGUGUAGCGACCACUGCAAGCACGCGCACAAAGAGUGUCGCAGCAUGACCUUGACCUGUCUGUCUAUCCGCUUGUACACCUUUCUCCUGGACCACACCUUCGUCAAGGUGACUGUGGUGGUGGCCUUCCUGGUGCUGCUGGUGGUGGGCGUCUGGGGCCUGGCGCAGGUCAAGGACGGCCUCGAUCUGACGGACGUGGUUCCGCGGGACACAACUGAGUACAACUUCCUGGAGGCGCAGGCCAAGUACUUUGGCUUCUACAGCGUCUACGCCAUUACACAGGGCGACAUGGACUACCCCAACAGCCAGCGUCUGCUGUACGACUACAACACCGCACUGCAGCGCGCCGUCAACCUCGAGUACGGCAAGGCGCCGCCAUUUUGGCUGCAAAUCUUCAGGGAUUGGCUACAGAACCUUCAGAACGCCUUCGACCGUGACGUGGCGGCGCGCGCCAUCACCGUCAAGACCUGGUACCACAACGCCUCCGACGACGGCAUCUUCGCCUACAAGCUGUUGGCACAGACCGGGGACCCAGACCAGCCGCUGGACAGGAACCAGGUGCUGAAGGUGCGGUUGGUUUCGGCGGACGGCAUCAUCAACCCCAGCGCCUUCUACAACUACCUGUCUGCCUGGCGAGCCAACGACGCCAUGGCCUACGCAGCGUCCAUGGGCAACCUCCACCCUUUGCCCAAAGACUGGACACACAACCCACGAGACUUCGACUUUGACAUCCCCAGGUCCCAGCCACUGGUCUACGCGCAGAUUCCAUUCUACCUGACCAACCUGUCGACCACGGAGGAGAUCCUCAACACUGUCAAGGCGUUUCGCUCCGUCUGUGACCAGUUCACCGAGCGCGGACUACCCAACUACCCAAGCGGGGUGCCGUUCACGUUCUGGGAGCAGUACAUACACCUGCGGUUCUACCUGCUGCUGGCGCUGUUGUGUGUGUUGGGCACGACCUUCGUGGUGCUGACCAUCGUCCUCAUGAACCCCUGGCUGGCCACGGUGCUGGUGGUGGUGCUGGCGAUGAUCCUGGUGGAGCUGUUCGGCUUCAUGGGGCUGUCCGGCAUCAAGCUCAGCGCCGUGCCCGCGGUUAUCCUCGUCAUGACAGUCGGCAUCGGCGUGGAGUUCACACUGCAUGUGUGUGUGGGAUUCGUGACGGCCAUUGGCUCGCGGAACCGUCGAGUGAUGAUGGCGACCGAGCACACCUGCCCUGUGGUGCACGGCGCACUGUCCACCUUCCUGGGCAUCGUCAUGCUGGCCAGCACCGAGUUCGACUUCAUCGUCAAGUAUUUCUUUCAUGUGCUGACUGCAUUGGUGUUCCUGGGCAUGAUAAAUGGCCUGAUUCUUCUGCCUGUUCUUCUUUCUUUCUUGGGGCCACGGGGAGAGGUCAGACCCAAAGACAAUCCUGACCGUUUGUCUACUCCAACACCUGAACCAUCGCCAAGGCUACGUGAGCGAGUGCAUCGAAGCAGACGGGUGUACCCACGCAUGAACUCUGAUGUCCUGUCCACCAUAACAGAAGAACCCACACAGUACUCCUCCCAUGAAAUUAUUGUUCAGCCUGAGGUUGUUGUAGAAACAACAACUGUUCCAGGUGGAGCACCAAUUGCCACACGAACAACAGGUGCUGAUGGUGGUGGUGGUGCCAGUGAUGAUGCUACAAGCAACAGCAGCAGUGAAAGUAGCAGAAAUACCUUCCCAUCAACUCACUUCCAGGUGGCAUCUGCCAGUGGCUUACCACCUACUCAGGUCACAAGGGUGAAGGCCACAGCCACAGUUAAAGUGGAAGUCCAUACACCCAUUCCUGGGGCUGUCAAUCAGGAGCAUUCAUACAAAAGCAAGAGGCGGAAAAUGCGACAGUUGCGAGAGCAGGACAGCACUGCUUCUGAUUCUGAAUGUUAGCACCGCCAAGUUCUAUACAAGAUGUUGUGAAUGGUGCGCCAGUCAGCAGCCUGCUUUUUGUUGGCCCCUGGAAGGCCAUGUGAGUUCCGCUGUCUUUCCUGCUCUGUAGAAUCACCCAGAGCUGAUUUCUUCUGCUGGAACCAAAACCUUCACUGUGAUAAGCUCCAGAGCUCCUGUUGUCACCUCCAGCAAUGUACAUGUCCAGCAUGGGCAGUUAAAUAACUGCAUCGCCUUGAGUUACCAUGUGGCCAUUCAGGAUAUGUAGCCAGCUGGUGGACAAGGAGUGCAAGGCUAUGCCAGUGAGCACCUCUUGCGGCAUUGGUGGAGCAGCACCGAGACUUUGCACGAAGUCAGAAGUACAGACAGAUUUUCCAAAGGUCCCUUUUGUAGACAAUCUAAGAGCCAGUGCUUUCACAGAGUCCUGCUUCACCCUGUGCAAGUGAGGUUCAGGCAGGCACAUACAGGUUACAUUUAUUAGUUUGCUUGCGAUUGUGAUUGUGCCCAAUUGAAGGAUGGAUUCUUGCUACAGCAUGUAAUCAGGAAUCGGUUGGUGAUAAAGCAGACUGAGUGCAACACAAUCAUAGUUCAACAAACAAAGCCGUCUUCUAUUCCUGGUUUGAGUUUGAAAAAUAACUGUGUUACUAACCAACGUACGCAACAUUUCAUCAUGUAAAUCAUCAACAGGUUUCCUUUCUCUUCACCCAGUCCCAACCACAUGAAGUGUUACCACAGAUCUUCUUGCAUUUUUCCUGUGCAAGAGAAAGGGGAACAAGUCACUAAAGUGGAAUUUUGACAGAUGGUCAUGCAGGCUCCAAUUCUUGCAUUUUGGACUGUUCUUGAAGACAGGAUUAACUGCAGAAGGCCUGUGAUGCAUAAUGGUGUAUAUUAUAGAUGUUAAAGACUGCACACAUUGCGGUGUCAGGUGACACACUGUAUAUAUUCACAAGACGGGUUGGAUAAAAACAGCUGACUGGGCUGGACUAGGUGAACAAAAUACCUCAGGACUUUACAGCGCAUGUAUAACUUGAACUAUCUUUUUGCGUGAUACGAUUUGCUCCUCCACAAUUGUGUACAUAGAAGUAGAAUACAUGUCAAAAGCUUUGCAGCAGUGUUGUGCCGUGCACAAGUCUUGUACCAUGUCCUUGCCAGUCUCUUGCACACUGCGUAAAAACUGUUUGUAUCUCAGGUGUACAGCGUCAAACAUAUUUGUUCUCUCAGAUGAAGGAACACAAGCAUAGUUUGUGUGGGCAUGUAUAUUGGACUUGUGUGAAGGAACAUGCAGAAAAGGCAGUGUUUGUGCAUGUACAUGACUUAUGCAAUGGACAUUUCGACUUGUAUGUAGGCUGCCAUUUUCCCUUCAAACAAAAGGUGUGGAAGCACCAGGUUGCUUCUCCUGUCACAGAGCUACAUUUUGCCACAAACCGACCUCAUAUUUACGGGUACAGUUCAGCUCUAGAUAAACACAAGUGAGUUUGGGGGUGACUGGGUGCACCACACACUCCUGAAGACAUUUUCAUUUAGUCACUUUUAUGAAUGUGUCCAUUGUGAAAACCACUUUUAUUUAUUUAUAAUGAGCUGAGCAGGCUUGGCUCUAGGUGCAGGCAAGCAGCGGUGUUUUGGGUAUUUUAUUUGCAGGGAUGUGCUGAGCCUUCCGCCAGCUUUUUAAAACGUGGUCUGGCAACUCAUGACUGUUAUACCACCUUUCAUGACAUUGUUAAUCUUUGUUUCACAUUAUUAUUUAGUCAUUAACUUGAAAGCAACCAAUUAACGUUUUCUGAGGAUAAUUAAAGUGGGUUAUUUAUAGAAAGCAGGUCGAACGGCAUGAGAGCUGGCAGAACAUUGAAUCUAUCACCAUAGAUACUUGUGCAUUCAAGGAUGAAUAUUUUGCAAGGAAUGAGUAAUGUAUUUCAUAUAGUCAAGACAGCUGUUGGCUUAUAAAAGAGCUUUUUUAUAAUCUUUAUUCCCCAUACUCUGCAGGCUGACUGUAAAUUUAAAAGUUUUGUUUUUAAAAUCCUUGUCCAAAGUAGCUUUGUUUAUCUCCUUUAAUAUAAGAGUUCAAACUGUACAAACAGAGAAUAAGAAACAGGCAUAAUUUACCACAGCUUAUAGAUUUGAGGACUUGGUUAUUCUGAAGGUCUCGAAGUGGUUUUGAAGAAAACUGAAGGCAUUGAUGCCUUUGUCUGUUUAGAUGUUAGUUUGUGCCCUGUUAAUGCUAGAGAAAAUUACUGCUACUAUGGCCAGUGACUUUGUGCAGAAUGUUGCCCAGGGACCAGAAGAGUCCCUCUACCUCAGACAGCAUAGUCUGUACAAACAAACUUUUGGUAAAGACUAGUCGCAUCAUAAAAUGUUGUGGUGAUAAUAGGGCUACAGAAUAGUUCAUUGAUGUUUUGACAGGCUCCAGAAUCCUUGUUUGAGAUUUUGUCAAAAGUACUGGAUAGCUGCAUCCUUAUAAAUGUGGUUUUAUGGGUUUUUUUCCUGUUUUUUCAUAUGCAGCUAAAGUAAGACUCAUCCUGAAGUACCAAACCAAAGUUAAUGAUUAAGAUUUUUUUAAUUUUACAUAUAAGAAUGAAAUGGGAUGUCGGCCACAAAAGGUUGGCUUUAUAUGCAGCUGUUAAGAACUGGUAAUCUACGAAAAACAUGAAUGGGAUAUUUACUUGUGGAAUAUGCUGACUGCCAGAAACUUUUUUCUUCUGUGAAGUAAAGCCAAAGAAAUGCUUAAAUCAUUUUCAUAACAGGGAAAUCUACAAGCUACCACAUACUUUGUUUUUUUGGUCCCAGUCGUCAGUUAUAAGGAGAGGUUUUUAGAACACAGGUGUAUUUGCUGACAGGAAAGAAGGAAAUCUAGUCUUUGUUAAUGUCUUUAGAUGGGACCUUUCAAGAAGCUUGUGUACUCCGUCCAGGGUGUCAGUUGAACACAUUUUGGGAUGUGUUUACUUUAUUAAUCAUGAGUUGAGCCAGCUGUAGCAGUAAUGUCAUAUAAAUCUGCAAGAUGAAAAUGAAAUACUGCAUGCACACACACACAUGUACACGUGUUCACAAGUCACUUCUGUGCUUGAGUUUCAUUCCGAUGUUUGGCGCAUGGGAGCUGGGGAGGGGGUGGGGAGGAAAUUUUAGUAGUUGGGUGAUUUGGUAACCAGUGCCGAAGAUUGGCACCAUGAAAGUGACUCGUCCCAACCUGACCUCAUUACCUAACCAAGCACCUUGAACUUCGAGCCAUCCUUGAUAGCACCGAGCACUGUUUCUAAGGAAGAUUUCAGAAAAGCAUCAUUAAGCCUGAGGAGGAGAUAAGAUGGAUAGUUUUUUUUAAUGGCAGCAGGGAGAUAACUGUGUUGUACUGAGAAUACGGAGGAAAAGUGUGUUCAUAUUAACUUUAUUCACCAAGUGAACUUUAUUGUGAAGACAUUUUAUAAACAGUUACUUUCAAAUGUGGUCUGUAGGCAUGUGGAACUGUUGGUGUUUCCUGUGUUCACUUGAGAGUAUUGUUGCUCUUUCACUCCGCUUGCAUGUCAGACAGCUACUGUCUUGAUUCUUUAUGGAUUACUGGCCAGAACCGCAGUCCUGCUCUUCACAGCUAGAAACCAAAGAAACAUUUGCUUCAUUUCUUUUCAUGAAAUGUUUGAAGGAGACUGAAUGUGUGGAUGUGUACGACUGUGUGUAUACAAGCAAACAUGCGUGCUUGCUUGAGUAAUUGUACUAGUGUAUAAUAAUAUAGUUUGGUGCUAACAUACACUUAGUAAAUGCCUCAAUAUGGCUUGUUUCAAAGCCACUGAUGCAGUCCACCCUUGAAGUGUUCACAACUUGAUUCUUUUGUUAAAUUCAUGAAAGCCUCUGUUUAUUUUGAAUAUAGGCACGGGCAAAACUGUGCUCUAGAACUAACCAGACAAAUGCUAUGUUUUAUUUUGUAAGUCAUUGAAAAUAACUUUGCAGGCAGGUCAUUGAUGCUUGCACCAUGUUUUAGAUUCAUCAUGACAGUUUGGAAGUUGUUUAGGACGGGUAUAUUCUGUUUAUUUUUGAAUGACAGUGUUUAAAUGUCUUUGUUGUUUUGAUGACAGAAACCCUCUUUGAUAAUGUACAUGGUCUUGACCACUACAGUAAAAGCAGGACAUAAUUUUCACUGUAGUUUGUGCAUGCAUUUAACUGCUAUUUUGAGACUUGUUGUCUGAUUAAUGCUUCUGUUUGAAGAAUUUGACAAGACUCUUUGCUAUGCUGCCAUUACCGCUGAUUUUGUUUUUUUAGUACAUUUUGAAAUCCACAAGUCUUCACCAAAUUUAAGGCAAUCUCAGGGUUAUUUAUAUGCACAUUUUUUAAGCACUGAAAUGAGGUACAUUUUGUCCUUAUACCAUAAGAUUUCUAUAUCCUUGUGAUGCCACUUCAAUGUGGCUACUUUCCACUGCUAUUGAAAUUAGAUCGAAAAAAAAAGAAAGUUGUUGCUUGAGCAGUUAGUAGAACAGGAAGACAGGUUGGUGAACUCUUGAUGAGGGGUGAGGGUGGUAGUCUUGUAUACUAGAUUGACACCUUAUCAGAAGGUUCUCGUCCCGGUGCUGGAAGACAGUUUGAUGCUACUAGCAUCUGAGGGUUGUGUGUUCCAUGACACUUCGAUGCCACUAGCGUCUGAUUAUGUGUGUGAGAUGUUAAAUGAUAGGUUAGUCACCGUGCUCAGUGCAUCAUCUAGCAUGACCAUUCUACUGAAUGUGGUAUCAACCUUCACUGCACAUCAACGAAGUAAGAAGUUAGAACUUGCUUUGCAUUGUUGACAUCAAGCUAGAAGGGGUUGUAUUGGUUUGGUUGUGCAAACUAUAAGGAGGAGGGGGUUGUUACGAGAGAUUUACAGAAAGCAGUAUUCCCCUUUUAAUCACUGUUACCAGUACUGACCUGCUCUUUUGUGUUUAUCAAAAUGGGGCACAAGGGAUUACAAUACCUCAUCUAUAGGGCAGUCACACCGUUCUUCCUGCUUAGUUGACAACCAAAAUGGAUGGUUUCCACUGAGGGUAUGCUGACGCUGGUUGAAAAUAGGAAAUGGGAUGGGAAGGGGAAUCUAAAGAGUGCAUGUCUUGUAUAUUGCACAUAUCACACUCUUGAUGAGAAGGGGAGGAAUGGUAGGGGUGGGAAAAUAAGUUUGAUGACAGCAAACCCUCAGCGGAGAUCAUGUGGUCUGUGAUAGGCCGUAGUUAUGUCCUCUGUGUGUAUGUGUCUUGUACUGCGGCAUGUGUUGUCUGGAGCACGUGCAGUGUUAAAGGCGGGUCCAGACAGACCACGCUGUCCAAGGUAUUAAUGUGUAGACACUACACUUAUGUUGUUCUCUGAUACAAGUGAAGACAGUGUUAAAUAAACAUGAAAAUAAAUUGAAAUUAUAUAGAA